AUUGGUCGGAUGCCAAUUAUUCCUACCAUGUUAGUACAUACACCCCUCAUACACACAACCUGGCAAAGAAUCUGUUGACCAACUUUUUAAUACUACUAGUAUUACCUAAUUGAACCAUUCAAAAACAAUGCCAAAACCCAAAUUAACAUAUGAUCUAACAAAAGUAAUUUCCAAGUUAUGGAAUUUAUUUCCACUAUCAAAAACAGAUGGAAAUUCUUCUUAAUUGUAAGCUCUUUUUGGUGUUUAUUUCUUGUUCUUUCUUUAAAUCAAAAUCUGAAUCUUGCAGAUAAUACCCAAAACACAGAACAAGAAUUUGCUAAUUCUACCGCUAAUCCCAAUGAUAUACUACAAAAGUCAACUCAAAUUUAUAAUACCCAUGUUGAAAAUCCCAAUAUUUCUUUCAAUAAAUUGGGAAAAUCAAUAAAUAAGUCAAUUGAUGAUCAAAAGAAAUGUAACAUGUUUGUUGGAAAAUGGGUUUAUAAUCCUGAAGAAAUUGUUCAGUAUGAUUAUGUAAGUUGUCCAUUUAUUGAAGAGAAGAUGAGCUGCCAAAAGAAUGGAAGACCUGAUUCUGAUUAUCAGAAAUGGAGAUGGGAAGCUAAAGAUUGUGAUAUACCAUUGUUUGAUGGAAGACUUAUGCUUGAAAGGCUUAGAAACAAGAGGUUAAUAAUUGCGGGAGACUCAAUGAAUAGAAACAUGUGGGAGUCUUUGGCUUGCCUUCUAUAUUCUUCAAUUCCAUCCUCAACGGUACAAGUUGAUGCUAAAAAUCUUGAGUAUAAAGUGCUCAAAGCUAAGGAUUAUAAUGCCAUAAUAGAGUUCUAUUGGAGCCCAUAUUUGAUGGAAUUUGAUGCAAACCAUACAAGUGGGAAGAAAGUACUUAUAAUAGAUCAAGUUUCAAACAAUUCCAAGCAUUGGAAAGGGGCAGAUGUUAUGAUAUUCAAUUCAGCACUUUGGUGGCCGCUUAGAGGACAAUUCAAAAAAUGGGAUUUAUUACAAUACAAAGGACAACUAUUGGAGGAUUUACCAAUAGACAAAUCAUAUGAAAUUGGGAUGAAAACAUGGGCAAAAUGGAUCAAACAAAAUGUGGAUCCAAAUAAAACAAAAGUAUUCUUUAGAAGUCUUUCAGCAUUGCAUAGUGGAAAACCAUAUUGCUACAAAGCAACCCAACCUCUAAAAGAUGGAUCAUCCAACAAAAAUAACUUCCCAAAAUCUAUGAUCAACAUUAUUGAGAAUAUUAUCAAAGGAAUGACAAACCCACAAGUUACAUACUUGAAUAUUACGAAGUUAUCAGAGUAUAGAAUUGAUGCUCAUCCUUCCAUCUAUAAGAGUUCACAAUGGAAGCUUUAUACGGAGAAAAAUUUGAUUCAUACUUAUGCUGAUUGUAAUCAUUGGUGUCUUCCUGGAUUACCUGAUACUUGGAAUCGAUUAUUAUAUGCUUCACUUUUCUUUGAUAUGGGAAUAUAAAUGAAAUUUAAUUAAUACAUUUUCUUUUUGUUGUUCAUAUUUUUUUUCUUUUUUGUUUAGCAAGUUAAGGAUUGAUAUUUGAUACGUAGGUUUAAAUUAGGAAAAAUGUAACAUGAUUAUAUGAAAUAUUUUAUUUUUGGGUU